UGACUUCUCGCGCGUUUAGUUGGCGCGCGGGGCCCCGGCGAUUGGGACGGCCAAUAAGAGACACUCCGUGUAGUAAGGUCAAGAUAGUCAGGGAAACGUGGGCGACACGAAGAAGCGCGAGAGGGUGACGAGCGACCGCACGAGUAGAGUGACGACGACGACGACGACUACGACGAUCCAUAAGACGAAGACGAAGACGACCGAAUCACCACUGUAGAAAGGAAAAGCAGGAAGUUUUUCUUAACUUCUCCAGUUCUUGUUCGCGAGCUCCUGAUCGUCAGUCGAGUCUCCCGAGUGUGUGCGUCUCGUUGUCUGCCUCGGGGGGUGCCUCGGAGUGAUCCGGGAAUACAUAUAUAUAAAUACGCGUGGCGAGAUCUGCUUACGCCGCAGGUCGUCGCAGGUGUCCGAGGAGAAACAGCCCGGCCAGGUGCCGGUGAACUCGUUCCACCCCCUGAAAUACAACAGCCCAGGAGACGCAACCUGCUUCAACACUCUCGGAGCUCUGCGAGUGACGGACGACGGUGAACGUCGAGCUCGCAAGGAAACCGCGGCAAAAGCAGGUUGAAUGGUGCCGCAGGUCGGUGCCAUUUGAACCGAACGUGCCGGGCGAAGGGACUGGGUCUACCCGGGUCCCGGUGUAGGGACAGGUGCGAAGGCGUGCCUCCAGCACGAUGGGGGUCGCCGACGACUUCGCGCCCAGCUUCACGCAGAAGCCGCAACUGCGGCAGGAGGACGACGGGAACCGGCUGAUAUUCGAGUGUCAGUUGGUGAGCUCGCCGAAGCCCGACAUCGCCUGGUUCCGCGGCGAGACCGAGCUCAGCCAGGAUGACAGGACCAACUUUAAGGUGCAGAGCGUCGGGACCAACAAGUUCCUGGUGGUGCUCGAGCUCGACGAUGUCAUCGAAACAGACGCUGGCCUGUACAAGGUCAAGGCGAAGAACAAGAUGGGUGAGGUUGCCGCCUCCAUCAAUCUCAACUUCAGUCCAAUGGAUGAGCCUAGAGAGAAACAAAUUGACGGCAUCGCGCCGACUUUCGCGAAGAAACCCGCGAUCAGACAGGAGGAUGAUGGCAAACGGCUGCUCUUCGAGUGUCGCAUCACAGCCGAUCCCACGCCGAAAAUCACAUGGUUUCACAGCGGGAACAUGGUCAAGGAUUCGCCAAGGCAUAAGCUGACUGUCGACAAAGAUGGCCACUCGUACUUCGCCACCCUGGAAAUAAAGAACGUGACCGUUGAGGAUGCUGGCAAAUACAAGGUCACGGCGAAGAACGAGCUUGGCGAGUCCAACGCUACGAUUUCCCUGAAUUUCGACAGCGAUGAGGCACCCGUACCGGAGGACGGUAUUAAACCGACUUUCACCGAACGACCGGUGAUAAGACAAUCCGACGACGGUAACACCAUCACCUUCGAAUGCCGACUUGUCGGCGAUCCAAAACCGAGUGUCAAGUGGUAUCACGGUACCGAGGAAGUGAAAGAGGGUGGCCGGUUCAACACAUCUCUGGAACUCGAUCAGAAGUUGUACCACCUCGCGAGGCUCAGGAUCGACAACGUGGCGAAGGGAGACGCGGGCGAGUACAGAGCCGUGGCGAAGAACAAGCACGGUCAAGGUGUGGCGACCAUCAAUCUAAACUUCGAGGGUGGCGACAGGCUCAAAAUACCGGAUGGUAAGCCGCCGCGCUUCCCGAAGAAACCGACGAUCCGUCAGGAGGGCGACGUGCUCAUCAUGGAGUGCAUCCUGGAGGCACAUCCGGUGCCAGACAUAACGUGGUACCAGGGUCAGAAAACGAUCGCCGACAGCCAGCGCGUAAAAAUGUUGCGCAAGGCCACCGGCAAGGACACGUACCUCCUCACCCUCGAGAUCUCGAAUCCGACCAAGGCCGACGGCGGGAAUUACCGUUGCAACGCUUUUAACAACUUCGGCGAGAGUAACGCCAACAUCUCCCUCAAUUUCCAAGAGGAAGGCGCGGGUUUCGCUCCGUCCUUCGUCGAAAAGCCUCGCAUCAUACCGAACGAGAGCGGCACGCUGAUCACCAUGAAAUGCAAAUGCAAGGCAAACCCGAAGCCGGAGGUAACGUGGUUCCGCGGUACCAACGUGGUCAAUGAAUCAUCCAAGAUCUCGAUCAAGACCAAAACGGUCGAGGAGGACAUUUACGAGCUGAUCAUGGAAAUCAAGGAUCCAUCAGCACCGGACGGCGGUACGUACAGAUGUCACGUGAAGAACGAGUACGGUGAGAGCAACGCCAAUCUGAAUUUAAAUAUCGAGGCGGAACCGGAACCGGAGGGUGACGGGCCAACGUUCGUGGAGAAACCACGAAUACAGUCGCAGAACAAGGGCAAGCUCGUCGUAAUGGAUUGUAAGGUCAAGGCAAAGCCGAAGCCGCAGAUCGUGUGGACCCAUGCCGGCCAGGUGGUGAAAGAGUCCUCCAAGAUCUCCAUCAGUAUCGUCGAAGAAAAGGAGGAUAUCUAUUAUAUCAAACUGACUUUAAAUGAUCCUGGAUCAGAGGAUUCCGGCCUCUACAAAUGCAACAUCAAGAACGAGCUCGGCGAACUCAACGCGAAUCUUACACUCAACGUCGAAAUUAUACCCGUAAUCAAGGAGAAGCCGAAGGUGGUCAAGAUCGUCAAGAAGAAGACUGUAAUAGUCGAAUGUCACGUUCUUUCCCAAUUCGCGCCUGACUGCACAUGGUUCAAGGAGAAUCAGGCUGUUAAAGAAGACAACAGGCACAAGUUGCACGUCGAGCAAGUCAAAGAUGGUGAAUUUACUGUGAAACUCGAAAUCGAACAAAUGUCGACGGCAGACAAAGGCGUGUACAAGUUGGUAGCACGCAACGAAAAGGGCGAAGCUACGUCACAAGUGGUGGAAGUGACGGAGAUCCCGGACCAAGGCGAAAAACCGAAAAUCGUUACUGGUCUAAAAUCAAUCACUGUCGAGGAAGGCAAGACGGUCGAACUCGUCGCUAUUCUCGCAACGCAAGAUCGGAAAGUCACUGUCACGUGGUACAGAGACUCGACGGUCGUCAAAGCAUCAAAGGAUAUCAUGAUCUCUUUCAAUGGUCUGGAUAUGAAGCUGACCAUCACCUCAGCAUCGACCGAAUUAUCAGGAUCGUAUAAAGUCGUCGUAAGCAACGAAUACGGCCAGGACGAGUCGUCGGCCCGACUCGUCGUCAAGAAGAAGGAGGAGAAGAAGAAAGACGAGGAGGAGGAAGAAAAGAAGAAGAAGAAGGUCGAAAAGAAGGAGGAGAAGAAAGAGGAGGAGAAGAAGGAAGAGAAGAAGGUGGAGAAGAAAGUGGAGAAGAAGGUCGAGGAGAAGAAAGAGGAGGAGGAGAAGAAGGUAAUAAGUUCGGUAUGGAGCGAUGAUGAGGAUGACGGAUCAGAAGAAUAUGAAGAAGAAGAGGAAGUGGUGAGUGUGAUUGAGUCCAGCGUUAUCAGCACAGAAGCCAUUCUCGAGGAAUCCGACUCUGAAAUUAUUUCUCGCGUCGAGGAUAAGCCUGAUUUGAAACCGAAUGGUAUCGACAAACCAGGGUUUGGGAAGAAAAUGGAAAUUCUUCAGAAGGACGAAGAAAUCAUGAAUAAUGUCGAAGAAAGGAAAUCCAUUAAGAAGAAGCCUGCCGAGAAAAUCGAAGAUAAAAAGGAAGAAGAAAAGGUGAGCACGAUUAUCUUCAGAUAUGAUCUGUUGCAUUUAUUAAGUUAUUCUAAUUAUUAUUUAAAUCUUAAUUAUUUAUUUUUCUAGAAAAAGAUCAUAAAGAAGAAAGA